AAGAAUCCCGCGAUCCAAUUUCGACCUCGAACUCGCGUCACCCAACAGCGCGCCGCCAAACGUAAUCUCGCCAUGUUAUAGCACCCGUUCCAGCCCACACCUUUAUAGAAGCCAGAUACAAUGGACAUUGACGAUAUCCUACGCGAGGUCGACCCAGUCUCGUACUCAAUUCCCUCCGAGACACGCGACUUACAGGCCCUGACGCGCGCUUGGGUGGCAGAGCGAACUGCCCCAGAACUUCUCGAAUGGCCUACAGGUGGUCUGUUUGAGCGCGUCAAUGAUCGCAUUAAGCACCAGAUCGAAAAGGUCGAAGACAUGACGGGUGACAUGGACCCCAAGACCAACUUCGCUCUCAUUGUCAUUCAAACCGAGCUUGAGCGCUUCAAGUUCCUCGUCAGAAGCUUCCUUCGUGCUCGUAUCGCAAAGAUCGAUAAACAUGCUCUCCACUACCUCUCGUCUCCGGCUCUCCGCGCCCGUCUUUCCGAAACAGAACUGGCAUACGCGACUCGCCAUCAGGCACUGCUGCAUAAUCACUAUCUUUCGUCCUUCCUCUCCUCCUUCCCGCCAAACCUACAGAACCUCAACGAUACCGCUGGCAACAUUAGCAUGAUCGACGGGCCGGAUCUCGAUACAGCAGUCUUUAUUCGUAUGCUACGAGACACAGAAGUCGAAGGAAAGGGAACGGACGCGGACGGCUCCGUGCUAGCGGAGACGGGUGACAUCUUGAUUUUGAGAUGGUCUAGCGCAAAACCCGUUGUCGAUGACGGGAACGCUGAGCUUGUCUGAUGCCUUCCGUCAGCUUGCAAAACAGUAACAGCCUCAGCACCGGCUAGUGGCUUGAAUCCAACAGGCAGGAGACAGUCAGGCGAUGAUAUGAGGCCAACCUGCCUGCGUUCAAGCACACACCAAACUGGCUCUGAUGGUAGCGAAAGACAGUCUCACUGGUCUGGGGCAGAUCCAGAUGCCACGCCGCGUCCCACGGCAGAUGUCUAUCUUAUCACGAAGGCUAUGCGAGCUACCCAUCCAAUUUGGACUCGGGCCAGGGCUGCUUAAGGAGAACGCAGGUUCGAGUCUUCUUGACUGCGGCAAAAGCCGUGUGGGAGACUAAGAGCCGCAGUUCCCUUGCGUGCUUGCACCGAGUCUAUGCAACACAUGGUGAGACUGACUCCGGUCAGCCAAAUUAUAGACGGGAGAUCUCAUUGCAUGAUAGGCAGGGCUCUGCAUUGAUGCGGCCAUCUUCUAGGGAUGGAGACUGGGAAAGUCGAGGGUACCGUCUGGGCACAAAGAAUGCAAUCAAAAGC